GAUUUUAAUAGAUCAUUUUGAAUACAGAAAUUCUAAUUUCGAGGGUUAAAAUUAAAAAAUGAAAGAAACCUGCUAAGAAAACUGACAAAAACCGUGAAAAAUCCGCAUCUGUCACCAUGGCAGCCGCCCUCCCGUGUAUGCGAGAGUGAUGACGUCAAACGGUUGGUUACCAGUCCUCCUCACACUAUAGUGUGUUGGAGAAUGUUGGUGUGUAACGUGUAUGUGUCGCUUAUGGGCAUCCUGGCGGUUGCUGUCCAGUCCCAGGGCAAACCGGCCCCGGCCAAACCCACCACCACCACCAGUCCCGUCCCCAAAGCCCUUCGCGCGAAGAUGGCGCAGUGUAUCGUGGAGUGCGCCCAAUGUCAAGACUUGAUCGGGUCGCGCUUUGACCACCGGCUGUGCAGCAAAGAGUGUCUGGAGCGCAAGGGCCUCAACGCGCCGGACUGCACGAACCCGGCGGCGAUCAGGCGCUACCUCAUAGCCACCGCCCCGGGGGUCCACGACACCCUCACCGCCGGCGACAGCGGCUCGUCAAACGCCGGUCAACGCCGUCUGAUCAUCGGCAGCGGCAGUUCUGCCUCAUCGGCCAACAUACGUCUGAUCAACAGCAAAUCCGGAUAGUGACGCCAAUGGGGCAGGAAUUUGCACAGAAAUGCAUCCGAAUGACAGGAAAGAUUACCGUCUAAUAUAGUGUGGGUGGCUACCGUGUGGUACACUCACUUUUUUCGCUUAGAUAAGAUCUGAUCUGUUUGAAAUAUUGAAAACGCGUCGAGUAUACUACAGUAGUACUUGCGACAGACUUGCGUAGGUAUUAUAAACCAGAUCUGUGACUUCUUUAAUUACC